AUCAUUGGUGAGUUCUCGUCGAUGAGGAGGCAAUGACAAGAGGAGCGGUGCGGUGACAGACUGUCUUCUGUGACCCGACCAUCGAAGUAGCUAAUCCUGUUGACAAUCUGGGAACGUUUACAAUUUUUCCAAAUGCAUCCAGAGAGAGAUCCCUCUCCGUGGAUCAGAAUGCGAUCCAAGAAGGACAGAUAAUGCGGAAAAGCUUUCUAGAGCAGGGCAUGAAAUAAACGAGAACUGCACAUAUGCUGACAGAACCAGCUCAUUGAACCUGUAGGAAGCAUGACAGCAUAUUCCUGUAUAUUUGAUCUAUUUAUUUAUUUUGGUGAAGUAGAAAUUGUGUCUGUAUUUCACCACCGGUUUCCAUAUUUGCAUGCACUAAUUCUAUCAACCGGUUAAAGAGAUCAGUCAGAAUUUAUUUUUCAAGAUGACGGUGGAGGGUUCCACAAUAAAGAGUCGGAUCAAAAAUCUGCUUCGCUCGCCAUCUAUAAAAUUGAGAAGGAAUAAAGCUCUGAACAACAAAGAAAAUCUCACUAACAAGGUGACACUGGAAAAGGUGCUAGGGAUCACAGCAUUUGGGAACCGCGCUUUGGCCUGUGACCCUCGCUCUGGACUCGUGGCCUACCCAGCUGGAUGUGUGGUGGUGCUGCUGAACCCAAAGAAGAACAAACAGCAUCACAUCCUCAACAGCUCCAGGAAAACCAUCACCACUCUGUCAUUUUCCCCUGAUGGCAAAUUUGUGGUCACAGGAGAGAGUGGGCACAUGCCUGCUGUGCGGGUGUGGGACGUUGCAGAACGGACCCAGGUUGCUGAGUUACAGGAACAUAAGUACGGCAUCUCCUGUGUGGCCUUCUCCCCCAACAGCAAGUACAUCGUCAGCGUGGGAUACCAGCACGACAUGAUUAUCAAUGUUUGGGCCUGGAAGAAAAACAUAGUGGUGGCAGCCAACAAGGUGUCCAGUAAAGUCACAGCUGUGUCCUUCUCAGAUGACAGCAACUACUUUGUCACGGCAGGGAACAGGCACGUCAAGUUCUGGUACCUGGAUCACACCAAAUCAUCCAAGGUGAACGCCACGGUUCCUCUGCUGGGUCGCUCGGGGCUCCUGGGGGAGCUGAGGAACAACUUCUUCAGUGACGUGGCAUGUGGGAAGGGUCGUAAAGCCGGCACCACCUUCUGCAUCACCUCCUCGGGCCUGCUCUGCGAGUUCAAUGACAAACGCCUGCUGGACAAAUGGGUGGAGCUAAGGACCAGUCAGGCCACAUCUCUGUCUGUGACGGACGAGCUGAUCUUCUGUGGUUGUGCCGACGGCACGGUUAGGGCCUUCAGCCCCGUCAACCUGCACUUCAUCUGUACCCUGCCACGCCCACACUGCCUGGGCACAGACAUCGCCACUGUGGUGGAGGCUAGUCACCUCUUCAGCCACAAGAUGGACGCCCGGUGUCCAGACACGGUGGCUGUAUCUUAUGACCCUGCGAGCCGCUGGCUGUCCUGUGUCUACAACGACCACAGCCUGUACGUGUGGGACGUACGGGACCUCCGCAAAGUGGGCAAGGUCUACUCCGCCCUUUACCACUCGGCCUGCGUGUGGAGCGUCGAGGUGUACCCAGACAGGGUAAGUGAUGGCAGGCAGCCCUGUCUGCCUCCAGGCUCCUUCCUCAGCUGUUCUUCAGACAAUACGGUCCGGCUCUGGAACACUGAUGGACACAACACAACUCUCAGCCGCAACGUCAUCAGCAACGACCUCCAGAAGAUUAUCUACAUGGACAACAACACGGCCGGCCUGCUGGACACAGAGUGCCUCAACUCGGGGAACGGAGAGAAGGCCGACCCCCAGACCUCCGAGACCAGGACGGGCAUCAGGACCAUGUGUGUCAGCCCAGACGGGCAGCACCUGGCAUCGGGCGACCGGACCGGCACCUUGAGGAUCCACGAUCUGGAGAGCAUGGGGGAGAUUCUGAACGUUCAGGCCCACGACUCAGAGAUCCUGUGUCUGGAAUACUCCAAGCCUGAGACGGGGCUGAAGCUGCUAGCCACAGCGAGUCGAGACCGGCUGAUCCACGUGCUGGAUGCAGAGCGGGAGUACAGCCUGCUGCAGACGCUGGAUGAACACUCUUCUUCCAUCACCGCUGUACGAUUCGCUGCCAAUGAAGGCAAGGUCAGGAUGAUCAGCUGUGGCGCUGACAAGAGCAUCUACUUCCGCACAGCGCAGAAGUCAGAUGAAGGAACCGCGUUUACCCGCACCCACCACAUCGUACGCAAGACAACGCUGUAUGACAUGGAUAUCGACCCCACCAGGAAAUAUGCUGUUAUUGGUUGUCAGGACCGCAGCAUCAGAAUCUUCAACAUCAGUAACGGAAAACAGAAGAAACUGUACAAGGGCUCCCAAGGAGAGGAUGGGACUGUCAUCAAGGUUCAGACAGACCCCUCAGGGCUGUAUGUGGCCACCAGCUGUUCAGACAAGAACAUCAGCAUCUUUGACUUCUACUCUGGGGAGUGUGUGGCCACCAUGUUUGGACACUCUGAGGUUGUGACUGGAAUGAAGUUUACCAAUGACUGCAAGCACAUGAUAACUGUGUCUGGUGAUAGCUGUAUCUUUGUGUGGCGUCUGGCCCCGGAGCUGACCAUCAGUAUGAAACAGCGUCUCUCGGACCUCAAGCAGAACGGCAAGCCAGUUCAGAAGACCCCACCUCACAAACCUUGCAAUCUCAGCACCAGGAGAGAGGUACAUAGCACCCCUCCCAUUGUCACCAUGUCCUCUGACAGUGACAAAGAGGUGGAGGAGGAGGGGAUAGAAGAGGAGGAUGAGGAAGAGAGGGUCUCUCCUUACAUGGUGUCAGGCUGCAGUGCAGGGGAAGAGACAGACACCUCAGAUGAAAAGCACAACUCUCACGAACUGAAGAGGGAGAACUCUUUUGGCAGGCGGUCCUCCCAGGGCAGUCACCACUCUGAGGACAGGGGUCCCCGUCCGCGGCGCCGCUGGUCCAGACGCAUGGACAGCAUGGAUCUGAUGGUCAAGUCCAUGUUGGACCUCAGACAGCUGGACUCCUUCGCCAUGCCCGCCUCCUCCCCCACUAAGACCCAGACCCAGCCUGUUUCUGACUCCUUCAGAGACCCAUUCAGAGAGGACGAGCUGGGCAGCACCAUCAGCUUGCAACCCCUCACUGCAUGGGGGGAGUCUGAGCAGAGGUCCCAGCAGCGGCCCAAAUACAUCAUGCUCUCUCCACAGACACCUGACACAGAGACAGGCCCAGUGCUGUACCCCGACGGCUUUGAGGACAGGGUCAGCUUAGCCGGCAGUGAGUACCUGGUGAAGGAGCUGCUGCCUGGGCCUGGGGCCAGCAGGAGUGUGAAGGGGUACCAGAACCACAACCAGUGGAGCCAGGGCCACCAUGACAAACACAGCUCAGACAGUGCCUUCUCUGUGGACUACUCCAGCAGCAGACUGUCCAGCCCAGACAGUCAGCAGCAGCCUCCUGGAGAGGAGCCCACAGAGCCUCUCAGUGUGGAUGGGAAUUCCUCUGAAUUGGACAUGGAGGAACUGGAGGUGGAAGAGGAGGGGGGCGUAGGGAGGGGAGAUGCCAAGGGGAUGACGGUAGUACCCCAGACCCCGGACCAGGAGGCCUUCCUCAAACAGCACUUUGGCAACCUGGCUGAGCUUAACAACCCAGUGAGUCCGACGAGAGUUGCCACCCCUGACAGUAUCAGCAUCUCCUCCAAAUUCCUGUCCCAAUGCUCUACUGGAAGCAGGACCUCCUUUCCAUUCCUAUCUAAGAGCAUUGGUGAGGGGAAGGUAGGCAGCGGUGUGGUGAAGCCCCUGGUCUCUCAGGUGAGGCCUCUCAUGGAGCACAACCAGGGCCAGAGCCACAACCAGGACAGAGACCAGAGCCAAGGCCACAGCCAGAGGAAGGUCUCAGAAGACUCUCAAAAGGGCCCCACCAGGAGACUAGAAGUAGUGGACACUACGGAGAAGUGUUUUAAUCUGCGGGCCUCUCCUCUGAGGAAGAAGCUGUUUAACCCUGCAGUGGACUCCCGUAGGAUGGUCAGCCCUGUGGCCAAGGCUGCAGCCUCUCACCUCACAACUAUAGGAAUGAGGAAGUCCCAGUCAGUCCAGAACCUGCACACUGAGGACAUGCCUCUAACUCUGUCUCGGCCCUCCAAGGAGGUGGCCCCCCUGCCCCAUCACUCCCAGGCCAGCGAGGGUCCAGGGACACUCCCCACCACCCCCCUGCCCCAUCACUCCCAGGCCAGCGAGGGUCCAGGGACACUCCCCACCACCCCCCUGCCCCAUCACUCCCAGGCCAGCGAGGGUCCAGGGACACUCCCCACCACCCCCCUGCCCCAUCACUCCCAGGCCAGCGAGGGUCCAGUGACACUCCCCACCACCCCCCGCAGCACACUGCCCAGCGUGCCCCCUUUCUGCAGCCCCACCUCCCCCCAGCCUCAGGACAACACCAGUACCAGCCAGAGCACAGCCACUAUGCCCAGGAGCCUAAAGUCCCGCUGCUCCUACAUGAGCCCCACCACCAGUUCCAUGGCCAAGAUGUCCCGCUCCGUGUCCAUGGGAGACAACCUAAACAUGACUGAAGAGGAGUCUGGGUCUGGAAGUAGUUCCACCCCUCCAACGACUAAGAGUCAGAGCUGCUCCUCCCAGAGUCCGAGUACUAAAACAUCUAUCCCAGUGGCCAUGGUCUCCUCGGCGUCCUCCUCCCUCUCAGGGAUGGGUUUAGCCAUGCCCCAAGCUGCUGUUAUCCCCACCUUCAUAGCUAGCUCUAACCCUAACCCAACCACCAAGAGUCUGCAGGCCAAGCUGACGUGCAGCACCCGGCCCCAGCUCAACCUGGACACCUCCAAGUCCCUCCCAGACAAGCCCUCCCUGGCAGUCUUCACACCCAAUGGUACCUCCAAGACCACCACCACUUCCUCCAAGACUGCCAACGAGGACAACCUCUCCCCCAGAUCCCCAGUUAGCUUAUUGCCCCAGCAGGGCCAGAAUCAACCACCACCGCUCUCCAACAACGUCCAGCUAGUCAUUGCACUGUCCCCCUUCCCUGCUGCUCCUGUGGAGACUAGCCCAGUGCAGAGCCCUGAGGCGGAGCAGCUUGGUCUCACCGCGGAGCUGCGUCCUGAGGCCCCUGUUGUAGACAACAGACUGGAACAGCCAAAGACAGAGGAAAGCCAGGGCCUGACCCAGGAGGAGAGCCCCGUGACGGAGCUGUCUCCUCAGGGCAAUCCGGUCUACUUGCUGUCACAACGAGGGCCCGGCCAGGACCGCACAGGUUUGCUCCAGCGUUCUCCCUCCUUCACCCUGUCAUCUCUGCAUCUGGGCCUGCCCCUGACCAGCACCAAGCACUUCUUUACUACUGGUGCACUGUGGCCUGCUGUCUCCACCCCCAUGUACUCUUCACCUUCACCCUGUCCAUGUCCUCCGUCACUUAACCGGUUUCUCUCGAUUGGUGAGGCAUGCUCUCAUUCUUUCUCUCUCUCGCUCUACCACUCUCUUAAUCUCCCGGUCUCAUCUCUCGCUUUUUCACAAGAUUCUCUCAGUAUGGAGUCGUGCAGGGUGUUGGCCAGCGAACUACAGAACUCGUUUAGGAAGGCCUCCCGGUUCUACAGGAUGGUGAACAGUGUGCCUGUAGCCUCCAGGCAGGAGCAGCAUGAGAUGGCCCGCGUCCUGUCUGAGGCCUUUGAGGUUGUGAGGGCUGAGCUGAGCUCCCUGCCCCAGAGCUCACCACCAUCCCCCUCUGGAGAACCUGCAGCAGGAGGCUCCCUGUGUAUGCUGGGCUACCGGCCUGCAGGACCAGGGACAGGGGGAUCAGGCUCAGGGGAGGAGAGGACUCUGGCUCUGCUGGAGCAGUACUCUGAGCUCCUCCUCAAAGCUGUGGAGAAGAGGCUGGACAACAAUCAGGUCUCCUAGAGACAUCUCAAGGGAGAGGCAUCUUAUUUUACCCCUCCCUUUAAGACUGAACCAACAGAUAUCUGCAGAUACCAUUGCACAAUGGCUUAAAAUUCUACAUUUGCCUGAGGGUUCUCUGGCAAAUGUAGAAUUUUAAGCCAUUGUACAAGGAUAUCUGCAGAGCUGAUUGAUUAGUGGAACUACUACAGUACUUGUUUUUUAAAUCAACGUUUUGAAGAUGAACAAAUUAAAAUAUUCCUGAGGGACAUAUUUUUUACAAGUUCUUUGUUAAAGGACUUCUAUCUCUCUCGCGCUCUGCUGGACUCUCUAGUUGGGUGGUCCCCUCUCUCCCUGUCAGAUCUCUGUAGGACUUGGUGGGAUUGUGAGGCUUGCAGUCAGCACAAAGGCCCACUGUCAUAGGCCAACGUAUAACACUAACAUGCCAACAGCACAGAUACUGAUACUGUAGGGAGACCCCUCAGGAUGAUCGAUGCCUCAGCAUUCAUUCCCAGUGUGGCUAAGCUGCACUAUAGACUGUCAUUCACCAACCUUCCUCCCUCUGUGUGUCACUUACAGUACCUACCAGACAACUGCACUCUCACAACCAGUUGUUUUAUUUACCCCUGUUGCCAAAUAUUAUGCCCUGCUACUUUGUUUUAAGUAAGUUAGCCUGAGGCUAAUACAUAAGUAAUUAGCGGUUAUGCUCUUUGUUACAUACUCUAGAUCUCCCCUAGAUUAAGGAAAUAUGAAUAGUUGCUACAUUUGAUGCGGGUUAUCAUUUUGGGUAGAAGUAGCAGAACAUUUUGAAGAAUCGAAGGGUGUUGUUGUCUUUCCUAACCCCAGUGAUCUAAAACAAUACAAUUGUGAUCGCUACAAUUUGAACUUUCUGUGUUGGUGUCCCUGUCCCGAACAGGGCUCUUAUCCACCAACACGAUGGACCAGGCCAUAGCCUCCUCAAAACUACAAGUGGAACACAAGACCCUUCCAAGUCUUAGAAGCCAGAUUAUCAGACAUACUGUUUUAGUGGGUGAUUUGAUACAUUGUGUUUUGAGAGGCCCUGUCUGUGUGUGGUUGUAUUUAUUAUGUUGUAAAAGGUCCAUGUUACAAAGGGGUUUUUUCAGCCUCUUGUUGACAGUGUGUUUUGAUACUGCUGACUGGUGUCAGUAUGUUUUGUGCCAGAGCUAGGUCAUCAGUGGGGGACCAACAUGCAAAAAACAGACGACCUUGAAGAUAUACAGUAUCAACUGAGUCUCCUCGUUCUUCAACUCUACUGGAUGAUUUUAUAAAACGUGUGAAUUGUGUUCCCAGUAAUAAUACAAAUGUUUCAAGGAAAUGGGUGCCUUAAUUCAAAACCAGCUUUUUUCAUGGUUCUAAAUGUGUUAGGCAAUACCAAAAUAAUAUUGAAUUGUAAUCAAAAGGCAACUACUGAAAUGUAUCUACUGCUGUGGGAAUCAAAUGACAUUGAGGAGAAGUGUUCUCUGGUGACAAUGAAUAGAGACAUCUUAGUGUUGGGUUACCUGAGGGUAAGAACAUAUUUCAUUCAUAGCUCUUCAGAGCUCUGCCGCACCAAUUCCUCAACAUUAAUUGGCUUCAUGUUUUUAUCCUAGUCUCUGGUACAUUUCUACCACAGUAACAAUAUAAAGCACUUUCUUUCCUAUCAAAAUGGUCAUAGAUCAAAUGAAUGUAUUUGUAAUAGCUUAGGAUACUAAACUGAACCUUCAGGGUCUUUGUGUGUGUAUAAUGGUGUAACUUAUCUGAGUCAAGGGCUCAGACUAAUUCUUAUGUUCUGCUGCUCCUAUGGUAAUUGUGGCCGCAGACAAGCACAACAUUGCCCUCUGCUGUUGGACCUAUAUCACUGCCCAGCUGCUAUGACAGACAGCCCAAUCACUCACCUCCCACCACUCAUCUCUGGUCAGGAUAAUGAUAUAAUGCUAUAAUACACUAGUGCUCUCAAACAAUCUUUUAAUCAUCUGUGUAUACAGUACUGGGUAUUUUCUCAGUUAUUGUUACUUGUUGUUAGGAAACUUUCACAUAUUGGUAGAAACAGUCUGAUCAGGUACCCAAUGUUCUUCUAUCCUUUCAAAGUGCCACGCCUGUAACUUUAUCCUUUCUACUCUUGAUUAAAGAAAGCAUUGUAUGUACAAAUGACUAGAUGGAUGUGCAUGGACAGACCGCAAAUAUUUUAAAUUGCAGUCGAGCCCUGACAGGACAUGGGUAAUGGUAUAGAAUAAGAAUUCAUUAUUCUGCUGUUCAUUAGUUAUUCAGUAUUUCCCCAUCUGAUUGACAAUAUUCAGAACGGUAACGUUAUCUAGCAGACUGGAGGUUUCAUUAAGACAUAGGAUUGUAUUUCAAUGGACAGUAGUACAGAUAACUUAUAACUUUCUGCUGCUUGUAUGCAUGAGUAUAUAUGCAUGAAGGGUGGUGAGGUAUGGAGGUUGACUGAUUGGCUCGUUCCUUAGUAGGAUUGCAUGGUUGAACGUACCCUAGGCUUUUUAAAGAGUCGAUCCUGCUCUUUUUCACUGACUGGUACCUCUGUAGCUGACCCUAGUUCUAAUCUCACCUUUCGUAUGUUAUGAUGAUUACUUGUCUUAAACUGCAGAUGGUGGACCAGCAUUUUCCUCUUUUAGGAAUGAUCACCUUUCAGGCAUUUUGUGAGCUGUUUUCUGUUUUGCACCAACCUCAGUGUUUUUACUGUAUUCCCUCUGAACUUCUCUCUCUGCCAGGGAAU